CUAAGGUUGUGAUGUGUGUUCCUAUUGACAGAUGACUGCUGUGAGAAGUCAGUCACAGAGACGGCCUUUCUGGGAGGAGAAGCUACCAUCAGAUGCAACUAUCCAGAGGACCAUGAGGACAACAUCAAGUAUUUCUGCAAAGUAGACAGUGAAUCUGACUGUGAAAACAAGAUAUCAGAUACAUAUCAUGAAAAACCUAGAAGAUAUUCUCUUUCUAAGAGAAGAAGAGAGAGAUUCUCCACAGUGACCAUCAGUGACCUGACUGAAGAUGAUACUGGGACCUACUGGUGUGGAGUAGAAACCAGCAGGACAGAACAACGUUACAUUACACUGAUCACACAGGUGAAGCUGCUUGUUAUAACGGCACCAACCACCAUGAGCACAACAACAACAACAACUACAGCUCUUCAAGCCUCAGCCACAAUCACCUUCAUCUCACAAUCAUCAUCAUCAUCUUCUUCUUCAUCAUCAUCACCAUCAUCAUCUUCUUCUUCAUCAUCAUCACCAUCAUCAACAUCAUCUUCUUCUUCAUCAUCAUCACUCAACGGUACCUCAGUGUUCAUCAUGGUGUCUGUUAGUCUGGUAGUGUUACUGCUGGUGAUCAGCCUGAUUAUCGUCUACAGAUGGAAAUACACUAAGAUCACAGGACCUGUCUCUUCAACACACAGAGUGAGCCCAGACACAGGGAACCACGAAGGGGGUUGUCAUGGUGAUGGUGACUAUGAGGAGAUAAUGGAGCGCCCCCUACAGUCAGACUCCACCAUCUACGCCACCGCCAACUUACCCACAAGCCACUUUGACUCUCCCCACUACGCCAGCGUCACCUUCCACAAGACUCCCAGCUGCCCCAAUGAAGCCAGAGUCACCACCGCUAAAGAGGGCACUUCAUCAUGUGACUAUGCUACUGUGAACUGUCAAAUCCCCACCUACUCUACUGUCAAUCAUCCACACUGCUCCUCUGAGGCUCCUCCCAUCUAGUCCACAGUCAACAAACCCAGAGACACCUGAGUCACUGGCAACCAAUCACAAGAGACAUACAUACACUGGCAACCAAUCACAAGAGACAUACACUCACUGGCAACCAAUCACAAGAGACAGACACUUAAAGACCCAAGCCUUUUCUCAGUUAGAUUUGCUCUACUUCUGCAUCCUUUCUCCUCCGUCCUCUCUCCUUUCUCCUCCGUCCUCUCUCCUUUCACCUCCGUCCUCUCUCCUUUCUCCUCCGUCCUCUCUCCUUUCCCCUCCAUCCUCUCUCCUUUCUCCUCCGUCGUCUCUCCUUUCCCCUCCGUCCUCUCUCCUUUCUCCUCCGUCCUCUCUCCUUUCUCCUCCGUCGUCUCUCCUCUCUCCUCCGUCCUCUCUCCUCUCUCCUCCGUCCUCUCUCCUUUCUCCUCCGUCCUCUCUCCUUUCACCUCCGUCCUCUCUCCUUUCUCCUCCGUCCUCUCUCCUUUCUCCUCCGU